UAACGCGACAACAAGAAAAAAACGUGUGGUAAUGUGUUUUCUGUAAAAACUUAAAUGUUUAAUUCCAAAAAUAGCCCAUUAAUUGAACAAUCUAUUGUAAUUAUAAUUUAAAGGCAGCCAAAACGAAACUGUCACAUUUAUGUAUUUUCUAAUUAAAUUGAUAAUGUGCGGUUGUUGUUGCAUUUUAUAUGAUCGAUAAUGUUUUUUUUUUUUUGUUAUGAAAAAACAAAUUAAAUAAAGGUGCAUCUGAUGAAAUCCUUUUGCUGUAUAUUCAUAUUACAUUAUAUUUUCAAGUAAAAUUACAAUAACUUGCACGAUCGCGUUUGACAGCCUUAUCUUAUUCCUUUGAAGAGAUUUUAAAUUUAAGUUCUUAUUCAAACAAACAAAAAAAAACAGAGAGUACUUAAGUAAAAGAGACCAGAAGCACAAACAUUCAAGAGCACAACGUCAGACAUCCACUUGAGUUUGCAGCUUUCUAACACUGCUACCGCUAGCUAACCCAAGACAAAAUAAAACAGUGUCGAUAGAAACGUUCUCAGAGCAGCAAUCGAUAUUGAACAAAUGCUAACGCUGCUUCCGAUAAAAUCUUGCCACUGCCAACAAAAAUGUAUAAAUGAAAAAACAACCAUACCACGAGCUCAGUUUUCUAAGAAUUGUUGUAACGUUCAGACGUCUUUGUCAGUUUGUCGCGUUACCGGUUCGGAAUGCGAUCAACUUGAAUAAAACCAUUGAUGAAUAUAUUGCGUAUAAUAUUGAAUUUGCAAAACUCUAUCCCAUCAUUUAUAAAGAAAGCCGGCUAUAAUAGAUGAAAGAAGCUGUAAAGUUGAUGUGUGUCGUUUGUCUAACGUGUCAUAUAUACAUACUUAAGUAUAUUGAAUACAAAUUUAAAGCUCAAGAAUUAAACAAAAUUGGCGAUAAAAUACAAAAUGAAAGAUAUUAGCGUUCGCAAUAUUCCCAGUGAUACUAUUUACAAAGAUGUUGUAAUUAUAGGAAAUGGACCCAGUGGUAUUUCGUUGUCAUACAUGCUCGCCGGAAACUGGCCAUAUUGGAUUCCAGAAAAAGUACAAAAGCAUCCGGACGAAAUGCUUAGAGCACGUCUCAAUUAUGCUGACAAAAGUAAAAGCUUAGUGGAACAAGAUUUGGUAAUUUUGGCAGAUGGGCUUGAGGGACGAAGUACAAACCCAGUUUCAUUGUUGCUGGACAGCCUGGAGCAUCCGUGUGCCGAUUUAGGUUUGGAAUUGCCUUCUAUGCUGGAAUAUCGAUUUGAUGCAAAAAAACAGAUUGACCAUAUUGUCCUGGGACAAGGUCCGCCAGGUGGUUCGUGGCAUAAAAUGGAUCCUAACCUGCGAACAUUGUCACUCGCUGGAUGGAUGUCACUACCUGGGCUAAGUUAUGGUGACUGGGAAGCAUUUCAACAACAAAAAAAGGCCGAGCAAUUUCAGAGAAACAAUUCUUCUUUGCUUCGCAAAAUGACCCUGAUCAAAACAAACUGCCCAAAAUGUAUCAAACUUCGAACGUCCAAGCAAAGCAACAAUAUGAAAAAUAAUACUUUUGUUUUCAAUAAUAAUAACGAAUGCGAACCUGAGGCUUUAUGCUGUAAAUGUACACAAAAAAUCUGCAGCGGUACAAACCAUAUUAGUACAAAUGCUAAUAAUGAACCAAAGUCGUUAAGUGACAAUAAUAGUGAGAGUAUCAAUUCGCCGCCCCGACGUAAUCUAUCGCUUAAACGGCAAGUAUCGAAAGAGGUACAGACAAGAGCUCUUGUAUCAAGAGUUGCUGAAUAUUAUGAAGAUUAUGUUCAUCGUAUGAAUUUAGACAGGUUCUUUAUGAACAGUACCAAUGUGACAUUUAUAGCUCCACUGAGUGCAGACUGUAUCAAAUCGGACAAAUUUUCAGAUGCUAGAUGGAUUGUCACAGGAAUCGAAGAGUCAACGAGGCGAACAUUUUACUUUGCUUGCAAGAAUGUGGUGUUAGCUAAUGGUGUAUCUGAUUUACCUAAUCGACUGGGUCUCAGAGGUGAACAACAGAGAAUAAAUCAGACCUGGGUUAAACAUGAACUAAGGGAACUUGAGACUGCACUAGAAAAUAUGCCAGAAAAAGAAAGAAAAAAACUUAAGCCUGUACUUGUGGUGGGAGCUGGAUUGAGUGCUGCAGAUGCUGUGACUAUAUGUCGAUCGUCUGAUAUAGAUGUCAUACAUGUUUAUCGUAGUAAAAGCGUAGGAUUAGAUAGAUCGUUACCGGAAAGUGUAUAUCCAGAGUAUCAUGAGGUGCACAGAAUGAUGAAAGAUCCCAGCCAAACAUACGACUGCUAUACGCCUGUUCCAGAGCACGCCAUUUCGAAACUAACAACAGAUGCUUUCGGUUGUCAUCUUGUAACAGUGAAAAAUCUCAAAACUUCCGAAACCACAACAUAUGAAGUUUCUUAUUGUGCCAUACUAAUUGGAGCAAGACCAAAUUUGCGUUUUAUCUCGUGCAUAAGCAAGCAUCCAGCCAGAAAAAUAAUUCCUCUCAAGUGCACUUAUCCACAUGCAGAGCAAUAUCAAAAUCAGAUGACGCGAAAACUAGCUUGGUUGAAAAACCUGUGUGAGAAAUGUAAAAACUUUAACAUUUGUGAUUGGAAUCGCCGACUUACACCAAUUGAGCAUUGUCAGCGAGUUUAUGAUAAUUCAAAUAACAAAAUUUGUGAGUGCAAUAGAAGCUGUAUUAAUGAUGAUUCAUUAAGAGUAUGUCCCCUAGAUGACUCGGGCAUCGGUCUCGGCUUAGAACCGUCAAAACCUAUUGAUAGUAAGACUAAUCAAAUCGACGUGGAUAAAUAUACGAAUGAGGUUCAAAGAAUGCCUAAGGGACUUUUUGCAAUGGGACCACUAGUCGGGGAUAAUUUUGUUCGUUUCAUCCCAGGCGGUGCACUGGCCAUCACAUCAACUCUUCACCAAGAAAACGAUUGAAACCGAUUCAAGGUUUCAAUGUAAACACUUUUGUGAGUUUCUCAAGCACAAGGUUGCCAUAAAUGGGGAAACUUAACUUUUUCUAUAUAGGAAACGGUUCUUUUUUUGAUUUGUGUAAAUACUUUUUCGGCACAAAUGUUAUAUUGUAUCUCUAGCUGUUAUAACAUCAAUAUAAUUCUCAUUAAAUUUAAGAGUGAUCAGCGGUGAAAUGAUAUUUGAAUUUGGAACCAUUUGAUUCUUACUGUUGUUUGAAAGAGUAAUUGAUGUCUAAUGUGACUCUAAUGAAACUACAGAAUUGUUACUAAAAGCUGCAUUAAAGUUUUAAUACUUUUUUUUUUAUUGUUGAACUUGUUUUUACGGAGGUCUUGUUUGUUUUUAAUUUUUUAUUAAAACAAUUAUAAAAGUUUGACCGUUUGUUUUGUUUAUUUCAUUAUUAACUGUUAUUCUUGUACACAAAUCUUUAUAUUUGUUCAACUGUGAAUUAUUAAAUAAGUAAAAAGAAAUAUAUAUGUGUAUAUGAAAAAGCCAAAUGGAUUUAUGAAUUUAUUGAUUGAAACCAAAAGACAAAAACUCUUAGGACAUAUCGUAAGCCAUCAGGAGAAUUGAGUUCCAAUCUUAAAUGUAUGUAUUCCUUGUUUUGAACAAAACCAUUUUUUGCUUAAAUUUCAUAAAACAAAUUAUAGCAAAAGAUUCUCUAGGUAAUUUAAGGAAAAAAAAAUACAAGGGAGUAAGGGACAAUCUUCCAUCGUUUAAGCGAUAAAUGCAAUUUUCUCUCAAACUGACUUCAAACACA